ACCGCCAGACCGGUCGGCGCCGCGCCUAAGCUCGCUCGUGUACGCUCGCGCUCGCUCUCCCCACGAUACCACAACCAAACACUAUCACUCGUGAACAAUAUCUUCCCAACAUCCCCUCACAACGUGUACUAUCCCUAUCAUAAAGUCAUCGAGAGUUUCAUACAUAAAUUCGAACAACUUCCAUUCGACCGAAAAAUUUACCGAAUGUAUGUCACGGAAGGACGGUCACAACAUUGACAUUUAUAGUGUUUUGUGAUGGUGUAAAGUUACAAUUUUAACUAUGUGUCUAUUGCAUACAAUUAAUAACACAACAGUGAUAAUAACCAAAAACUAUCAUUUACAUCAACUUAAGUGCUGGUUAAGUAAUCCAUCGUAAAUUGAAUUUGUGAUUUCCGAUAUGGCUUCUUCGUGGAAGGAGUGUACGAUUUUGAUUUUUGUAAUAUCAUGGCAUAUAACUAAAUUUGCAUCGUCGUGUCCUGGAAUCUGUGGGUGCGAUAAUAAUUUACUGCCAUGCUCUAAUUGUUCCUACAAUAUCAGUUUAAAAGACAAUGAAAACAUUGAUCAGAUGUUGAUGUCCUGCAAUCGAGAUGCCGAAACCAAAGAUAAGAUGAGUAAGCUAUUGAAUAAGACGUAUAUGGAAGUAGCAGUUGAAUAUGAAAAUGGUUGCAAUUGUAGUGAAUUCAUUUUAAAUCUGCCUUUACUGGAGACAUAUUCAAUUUCAUUACGCAAUAACAACAUUAUUAAAUUCCAAAUAAUGUUAAAGCAUAAAACUCUACGAGAUUUAGAUCUAUCGCUGAAUAAAAUACCGCUUAUAACAAGAGGAGCUUUCAACAAAUAUUCAAAUUUAAGAAAAUUAAUUCUUACUAAUAAUUGUAUCUCAAAUAUCUUAAAAGAUAGUUUUAUAGGGUUAACCAAAUUAGAAUACUUAGAUUUAUCAUAUAAUAAUUUGACUACGUUGACAAAUGUUUUUACGCCUCUUAAAAACUUGCAACAUCUUAAUUUGAGCCGAAAUAAUAUCGAAUUCAUUCACGAAAAUUACUUUAAUAAUUGGCUUUUACAACAUUUGGACGUGUCCCAUAACAAUUUGAGAAAACUAGCACCGGGGGCGCUUCAGUUGUUACCGAAUCUUGCUCGUCUAUUAUUAACGGACAAUCCGGAUUUAGGAGUUACUCAGGUGGAUACCCAGUUGUUAGUUGGAACUGGUCGUAGACUACAACAGAUUGAUGCUUCGAGGAUAGGUUUAUAUCAAGUACCUGAAGCCUUUACGCAUUCGGUGCGAUUUUUGUCACUCAUCGGCAACAAAAUAACAGCGAUCCGGUGUGGUGACCUAGACAGCUACCCUCUACUGCAAUCCUUAGAUUUUGCAGAAAAUCAAAUUGCAUCAGUAGAAGAUGACUCAUUAGGAAGACUGGAAAUGUUAUUAUUUUUAAAUAUCAACAAAAAUUUACUCACCGCCGUACCAAAGUCAUUGCCCGAUGAACUAAAAUAUUUAUCACUCAGUAAUAAUUCAAUCAAAAACAUUUCCAUACCUGAUUUUAAGAAUUUACCUAAUUUACGCAUGUUAUUAUUGCAAUAUAAUGAAAUUCAAUUUAUACAAGACCACGUAUUUGACGAUUUAUUAUCAUUGGAAAUGUUGGAUCUAUCUUAUAAUCCUAUAAAAAUGCUCUCACCAAGUACAUUCGACGGGCCAUUGUCUCUGCGAGACUUAAGACUUUGCUAUUUAAAUAUUUCCGUGCCUCAAGAAGUUGGUUCAUUUCCAAUGUCUUCGCCUGAAAGCGUUCAAAUGCUUCACUUACAAUCCAGCCCGGGCUUGGCGAGACAGUUAUUAGCCGAUUCAGCGGCAUUAGCAGCAUUUUCACAUUUGCAGUAUUUAGAUUUAAGAAUGAAUAAUCUUACAGAUGUAAGAAACGAUUUGCUUUUCUAUCUGGUACAACUAAAAACUUUGAGAUUACACGGCAACAAUAUAAAUUGUAGCAAUGAACUUUGGUUGACCGACUGGAUGAAUUGGAAUAAAAGUUUGUCUGAUGGAGAGACAUGUUAUUUUUCAACUUCUGAACACAAAGCUGAUAUAACAAAGUACAACUGUACGUUCCAAGAAACUUUUACCAUUAAUGAAAGCUUACCUCCCGUUAGUUUAUAUAGCACUGAAAUGAUAAAUAAAUUGUUGAGGUACUACGGAUAUCUUAAUAAUAAAACAGAUAAAAUGUUUUCUAAACAUGAUGCUUAUGUUUAUGAGAAUAAAAACAAUAAUACUAAUAAACCUUCUGAGAAGAAUACAAGCUUAUCAACGAGUAAUUAUGAAAACUAUGAUGGUAAAAAGAAUGAUAAAUUAAACGAUCCCAGAAAACUUAAUCAAACAUUGGUCAAUGAAAACUUUAAUGGAUCUUCGAUUACUAAAAAUAGUCAGUUGGUGAAAAUUUUCGAUAGCAAUAAAUAUCAAAAUGAUCAACUCAAAAUAGAUAGAAGAUUUUUGGAUAUCGACGUGGCAGUAUCUACUCCGAGUAGAACAUCUAAGUCUGUCGACUAUAGUGAUACGACAGAUGUUAAACGAAAAUCGUUUUCUGGAAAAAGAUUGAACACGCCAAAUUUAUCUAAGAUACCACCGGCUCCGUAUAUAUUUACUACAACAAAACUGAAUACUCAGAUCGCAUCAAAUGAAGCGUAUACGGCGAAUCCUAACGACAAGUUAGAAUAUUCGCCUUAUCAAGCAAGAGGUACAAACUACGCCCAAUACAUUGGUACGGCCGCAGUGACGGGCUUGAUCGUGAUGUCAUUAAUUCUUUGGCUAAGUUUUCGCCUAAGAUUUAGAAGACGACGUUCUAUGCCAGUGGACACGGAUAAUCAAAUAGAGGUGUCAAAUAUAUCCGGCGGAGUGCUCUGGUGACAUUUGAGAGCAGCCGACUCAACACCAUUUGAAUAUGAUUCCCUUUUAACGUAGCAC